GUCCAGAUCAACAAGCCACUAUUUUGGAAGCAGUUUGAUAAACACUCACUGAUCCUCAGUUGAUGUCAGUCGCUAUCUGCGUUUCCAGCGAGACGUUUUCACGCGUGAUCAGCGAUAAACCAGCACAAACUAGCCAGCCACAUAGCCCCGAACCGAUAAGGUUGGAUGACAUCGACGGUUGAACUUUAAGAUAACUAGCUCAUUUUUUUUCUUAUCCAUUUAAUACCAGGCACGUCUGUGACAACUGAACAAGCCAACGGGUUUGUUUUCUGAUUGGCUACAUUUUGCAAGAUACAACCGAGCUAGCAGCAACUUUUCAUCGUUAAUUUAGCAACUUGUCACGAGCGCUAACGUUAGCCAAGUUGUUGUUUUUUUGCCAAACAGAACAGUACUCGGCUAUUUUUAAUGCCAAGCAACUCUUCGUUUUAUUUUUGUCAACAAGCCGUUUUUUUUUCUCGAAGAACUACCUGGGAAAGCAACGAUAUUUAGCUAACAAUUUGCUCAAUAAAGAGGGCAAAGCAACCUUAGCUGUUGAAGAAGUGUUAGCGUCAAGCCUUAACCAGCCAGCUAACACCAAACCCUUUACCUGAACCAUUUUCAUAAUUAAGGAAGAGGCUAAUGUGGCGUUUUAACUAAUUGGUGCUGCAUUCGGGACCUUUAACUUUUAAAUAUCCCGUUUGAAACACUGCAGGAGGAACUCUGUAGCUUUGGCUCUCGCCUUUUUUUCCCCCAAAAUAACAACUGACAGAAGAGCAAGCCACCUGAGUGUAGGACGGAGAGCAGUGUUAGGACCUGAGGCAGGUUGUGUGCAGCCACGGAAUCCCUCAUCGGAUUGUUAUAUUAUCAGUGUUAUUGUUGAAAAUGGCGGCGAUCGGAAUGGUGCAGAUGUUGAUCGAAGCAGCCGAGUACAUUGAGCGCAGGGAACGAGAAGCUGAACACGGCUAUGCCUCCAUGCCUCCUUUCAUCAGCAGCCGAGAGAGGGAGAGCUUGAAAAGGAAAAGCAAAAGCAAGAAAAACACAAGUAGCAGGUCUACGCAUAAUGAAAUGGAAAAGAACAGACGGGCACAUCUACGGCUGUGUUUAGAACGCUUGAAAUCCCUCGUUCCCUUAGGACCAGAUGCUAACCGGCACACCACCCUCAGCCUGCUGAUGAAAGCCAAAGAUCAUAUCAAGAGGUUGGAGGAGAGCGAUAGGAGAGCUCAGCACACCGUGGAGCAGCUACAGCGGGAGCAGAGACACCUGAGGAGGCGUCUGGAGCAGCUGGGGGUGGAGAGGAUCCGCAUGGACAGCACCGGCUCCACUGUGUCCGACAAGUCCGACUCUGACCAAGAGGACCUGGAUGUGGAUGUGGAGGGGACAGACUACCUGCUGGGUGACCUGGAGUGGAGCACCAGCAGUGUGAGCGACUCAGGGGACGAGCGAGGCAGCCUGCGCAGCAGCUGCAGCGACGAGGGCUACUCCAGCGCCAGCCUGCUGCGCCUGCAGGACACUCAGGAGAUGACCAAGCAGCUGGGCUGCAGCCUAUAGACAGUAACUGGUCACUUCCCCAACCCACCUCCUCCCCCUCAGCCAAUCCCGUCCCAAGAUUCUCUCACCACUCCCUGAUCCCGCUCAGACCUCGACCCCUCCCCUCCCCUUCCCUCCCCUCCCUCCCUCCCUACCAGGACUGACCAAGUCUGAGGCCUCUCCUCCAGCCGAGCCUCUGCGGACUUCCUGUCCCCACGACGACUUCCAUCCAGACUGCAGCACCUCUGAGACACCCGCUCACAUCCAGCCCAUCAUCAGCGGUCAGUCUUUAGGGGUGUCACCCGCUCUGCUCUGCACCAAUCAAACGAGUGGGAUUUCAAAGACACUCCACCCCCUCCGUCUCUCUGUCCAUCCAUCCCAAACACAACUUUCAGCCAGAGAAUGUUACCACACAAUGUCCCACUGCCUCUUUUUCUAUGCCUCAAGAGCCAUGGGAAGCACUUAUGAGAUUCACCCUUCACACACACACACACACACACACACACACACACACACACAGACACACACACAGACACACACACACACACACACACACGCACACACACUGCUCCAUCUCUCCUAGUUGUCCACUGAGACAAAGUCCUCCCAAAGGUCUGACACUGACAUGACGCGGGGCUUUUUUUCUGCCCUGCUCACCAGUCAGCCAUCUGUGCAUGGUAUUUUUUGCACUUGCAAUUGCUUUUGUAAACAAAACUGUUUCAUCUUUUUUCAAACGCUGUCUCUUAAAAACUUAAAUCCCCCCCCCACCACCACCACAGCUGUUUCAGAAAUGUUACAAGACAACGUAAGUGUUUGAAAAACAUGCCAGUUGCGUGCAGAAUUUGGGGGACGCUAAAGAGGACUGUGUGUGGUGUCAAACAGUCGGGCCGACAGCAAUACGUCCCUCGGUAUCAAGCAUUGGCAGACUCGUUACUUACCCUGUAAUUUUCUGUCCACACCUGCCAUUCAGAGGAAUAAGUAUCUCAAAAAACGACAAAAAAAAAUUGUGCAGCAUGAGAUUGUGAAGGGGCCGGGGGAUAUGGAAGGGUUUUUUGGGGUGGGUUUGAUGUUUUUUCUGCCUCUCUCUGAUGACUGUGGCGUUUUUACAGCAUCCUUUUAUCAUAAUGUGUGUAUGUCACGUCUGAGCCUGGAGACGACAGGGGUCAAUAGCAGGUUUGGGAACUUUGAUCACCAGCCACCAGGCCGAAUGCUGGUAUAUCUUGGCAGGUGCUGGUACGUUUUUGUACACUUGCUUCUUCACUGCCCCGUUCACCAGAUUUUAUUAACAGGAAGGGAAAAGCUGAUCUACUGAGAGCAGUCGAGAGACUGGAGCACAUUCCAUUAUGUAGAGAGGACAGGCAGGUACGAUUGAGAGCAUUAUUUUUUUGCGAGUGGAUGUUCCUGCCAAUUAUUUAUGUCGGGAGAGUUCAGUUUGAGCCGAGUCGCCCUAAAAACAGAAGGAGUGGCUUUGACUUUUCAGUUGCUCAGAAUGUUUCUCACAUCUGAAAAGCUAAAAUGAUAAAACCACAGAUUUUCUCUCCUUUGCCUUGCCUCCAUAGCUAUUUAUUGUUUCUGAAAACACCUUUUAAUGUAAAUAGUUUACAGAAAGAUCUCUAUGUCUAUCAACAAAUGUAUUUAUUAGAUAUACUAAAUAUAUAGAUGAAUAUAUAGAAAUAUAUUUAAUUAGUCAUAGCCUAUGUUCUUCUCGUGGGGUUUCUUGAGAGUUUGCUACGUGUAGUUUGUUUGCACAGCCUAGUCAAUCCAUAGAGUAUUUAGAAAUGUCUCUUGUGCCUCGAGGCUUUUUGUGUCUGUUCAGAAUUCGGCACGGUGCUCCUAGGAAAAUUGAAUGUUUUCUUUGUGAUUGAUCGUAAUGAUUAUAAUUAUUAGCAAAGCCAUCUUGCCCCUAUAAGGGGGGAAUAAAAGGACAAAAAAAUCUGAAUAAUUGAUAAAAACAAUUAAAAAGUGAGAGGAGCUGGUGGUUGAAGGGCGGUGGUGAUUCCUCUGGCGAAAGCUGUUUGAACAAAAUGGCUACUCUGCCUCGUGAGACUUUUUUUGUUUGAAACCACCACGGGGAAGGGAGAGGAUUGCAGCAUUUUUUUUUUUUUUUGAAUGUAGAUUGUCCUCAACCCUGCAGCGUUAACUGCAAGGCGCCAAAGGAACCUCCCCGCUCCUGCAUCCAAAAAACUUGUGAAUCUCAGUCGAAGCAUGAAGACGAACCAGAAAAAAUCUAGAUGAUAAGAUUGUUUAGUGUUUUGAGUGUGGAAUGCUGCUUCUUUUUUUUGUCCAAUUGAAACCUUUUCAAACGGAGAGGAACUGUGUAGAAAGAAGGGGGACUAAAGGGGAACUAGGUGUGAGUGUGUUCACUGAAAUGCCAUCUGUCGGUGUGUGUAUGCAGUAUGUGAGUGCGCGCACGUGUGUUUAUUUCGUCACUGUCUUCAGAGAGAUUUUUUGGGGGUGGUAGAGGGUGGGUGGUUUAAAAAAAAUAAUAAUUGUAAGGCUGUUUCUGUUUUGUUCAUUUGUUUACGAGUAAAAUGCAAAAAAAACAAAAAAAAAAGAAAAGUCCACUCGACGAAGACUUCAUGUAUAAACCUAAGCAUUAAUGUCUGUCCACGGGAGACUUUUAAACUUUUUUUUUUCCAUCCAUGGCCUGUUUGUCCGUCUUCCGCCAGUCUACGUGUGUGUGUUUCCUGCCUGUGUGAGCGUGACUCCCUCCUCCACAUGCUGCGUUGGCAUCCAUGGUGCAGGCGAGGCAGGUGCGUGCGGUGGGGCAGCGCGUGCAUCAGCGAUCGCUCCUCACCUCCGACCCUCCCUCCCCUUUCAAAACAACCCUGGUGCUCUCAGCAUCUGCCUUAAGAAGCAGGUGUGGAAUCUCUCAAAGAACAAGACUACAGUCAGACCAGUUGUUUAAGCUAUAGGUUUCAGCGUCAGGGGAAACUUCAUGUGUAUAUUUAAUUUGUUUUUUCGCACAUUUUGUCCCUGCAUACAAAGCGGCUGAUAAUGCCUUAAAACAGACCUAACAGAAGUAUAUGAGUGUAUAUGAUAUAUCGACAUGUACCGCAAGGGCCAUUCCUUUUCAUUGUGACGGUCUCAGGCGUGGUGCUUUCAUGCAUUACACACACACACACACACCAACACACCACGUCAUAGCUCCAUGAACAUCGUCGUCGCCUGCCGACCUUUCCCCUCAGAAAGGUCAAAUGUCGAAAAACUUAAAGGAGGGCGUUUUGUGCACUUACUUUUUAAGAAUUGGGUAAUUUGGACAUUGUCUUCUAAAUAAAUCAAAUGUUGGGGGACAAAAACCCCUUUGGAAAUGUGGAGCAGCAAUUUAUAUUUGCCAUUGAUAUUAAAGGAAAUAAACAUUUGAAACCCUUGUUUACCUACCUA